AUGGCAGAGGCCGCUUCUCUGGCUGCAGAUUCAAUCGAUGAAGAUUGGAAGCAGUUCCAGCUUCCUGAGCUGGGCCAGGAGGAGGCUAAGGCUAAGGUUGAAGAGACCGCCCAAGCAUCGGGCACACGUCUUCGCAAAGGUGGCGGCAAGGGCAAGGGCGGAGGUGAGAAGGACAACAGCAAGGGCAAAGGCAAGCUGGGAGUGAUCAAGAAGCCGAAGAUCAUCAAGGGGCCCGUCAAAUGCAGGGGGUGCAAAAAGAAGACCCUCUCGGACCAGCAGGCCCCAAACUUCCCUGGCUGCUGGGGCUGCAAACGGGCGUUAGACAAUGUUUGGAAGUGUGCCUGUCGCCAGGGAGAACAGGCAUGCGAGUUCGUGCAGGAAUGCAGGCGAGACGACGAAGCCUGCUAUCGCUUAGUCCAAUCUUACAUGAAGAACUGUCCGGAAAAGCUUCCCGACGGGACGACGGCCGGACGGCGCCGCGGAAAGCGGUGCGUCGUCAAGAGCAUGGAGUCAGUCCGGGCAGGCAGUGGGCUUGUGAAAGACAGCAUAGGCGAGUUCAUGUCGAAGAUGGUCUACCAAGAGUUUGCAUUGACGGCUCGUGGUGGACGGAAAAGCGCUGCUGAAAUGGAGGCCCAGUGGGAGAAGUGGGGUAAGGAUGUCGAGAAGGGCUCCAUGCAGCAGACCCUGUACGACUACAAGGGUUGUGGAGGAAGCUUGAGGGUCUGGGUAGCCACAAAUGACACCUUGUCCUUCCGCAGCGAGUACUUUCACACCAAGGAGGUGGCCUGUGAAGGGGGCUCCAUCAAAAAAGGAACUGACGAAGACGUUGCCAGACUUCGCAGCGAAAUCAUGUCAGGCCACGGCCAGGGUGUUGGCGCUGGCGCUGGCAUGGAGCAGGCUGCCAAGGCCAUGGCGUUGAAUGGACAGGAUGCAUUUCAGGAGGGCGCCACCGGCUUCCUCAACGUGUUGGAUCUCCAGAAUGAUGUGUUCAUGCUGGAGGCUGGUGAGGCGGACGGCGAGCAGGACAAAAACUCGACAACCACGGACGAGCCUUCUCCGAAAAAGCCCAGGUUGUGGAUUGACCGGGACCGGGUCGUCUCCCAGACCAUCCGCACCGUCAAGAGCCAGCACGAAACCUUCGAGACCAAAGCCAUGGUUCAGCUCGACAGGCAGCAGGCAUACUUGAAAGCGUUCCUCAGUGAGCAUGAGGCUGAAAGCAAAGGGGACUUCAAAGGCGAGUACGAGACGUUGAAGACGAGGGUCCAGGGACUCGAGCUCUGCUUGCGCAACAGGGGCGAGGAGAAGGUCAAGCAAUUCAUUGGGUUGUUUGGGCACGUCGACUCCCCAGCUCCGCCUUGCGAGGACUAUGACAAGCUCCGCCCUUUGUGUGUUUUCCCGGCCAUGGUUGAAGAGUACAACAAGUGCACAGAGCAAGAGCACUUGAAGGAAGUGAGUGCAGCUCUGGCUGCCGUUCGGGAGCCCAUCUCUCAGCUGCUCGCGGGUGCCCUUCGUGCAGAGAAAUCUUUGAAGGUUGCGCUCGACAAGGCCAAGAAGCAGGCAGAACAGAAACAAGCGAAGGCUCAGAAGGCGUUGGCGGCAAACGCAUCGCAAGGCCUUGCAAUCUUAGACCAAGGAGUUGCAAAUGCCUCCGCCAUCCCUGUCUUCAAGGCUGAUGCUCUCGGCCAAGGAGACAAUGCGCCAGACCUGUCCAAGCCUUUCAUUGUGCAUAUCGACGAGCGGGUUGAGCGUCACGAGGCAAAAGGUUGA